AUGGGCAUCCCAGGACUCUGGGCCGAGCUGGCUCCCGCGGCCCAGACCACAACCCUCCCUUCGUACUGCCUCACGACCUUCGUCGGAAACAAGAACGAGCUUCGAGGCCUUCGUCUUGGCAUCGAUGCAUCUCUCUGGCUGUUUCACGCUCAGCAGAGCUCCGGCGGUGCGAACCCAUAUCUGCGGCUGUUGUUCUACCGACUAGCCAAGCUGCUCAGCUUGCCCGUCCUACCUCUCUUCGUCUUCGACGGGCCAAGCCGACCGACCUGGAAGAGAGGCAAGCAGGUUCAAGGUCGAGAACACGCUAUCGAGCAGCCGUUUACUCAGCUCAUCGAAGCGUUUGGGUACCAAUGGCGUCGUGCGCCUGGUGAAGCCGAGGCGGAGCUGGCCUACCUUAACCAGGCGGGGUUUGUCGAUGCUGUCCUGACAGACGAUUCAGAUGCACUGCUCUUCGGGACUCAGGUGCUCAUUCGCAACUGGGGCAAGAAUCUGUCCGGCACCAAAGCGCUCAGCCGCACCACUUCCACCAGCAGCGACGUCUUCGAAGAUGGUUCGCACGAAGCUCCAGCUACGGCGUCCACCUCGAAAGUCCAGCUCUCUGGAUCGGACCGUGACCACCUCAUCACCCUGUACAACGCUGUCGAUCUCGCCGGCGACGACAUGGGCAUCGACCGUGAUGGCCUCAUCCUGAUCGCCCUCAUGUCUGGCGGAGACUACGAUACCACCGGCCUGCUGAACUGUGGUGUCAAGAUCGCGCUUGCCCUCGCGCGCGGCGGAUUCGGCACGACACUCAUCCACGCAUUCAAGCGUUCCUAUCCGGACCAGGGCUCGGCGUCCAAGUCUUGUCCCACCUUUGCAUCAUUUCUGGCAACAUGGCUGGAGGAGGUGCGUGAAGAGCUUCGCACCAACGAGCGCGGCUUCCUUCCGUCAAGACGACCAAAGCUCGCAUCGACCAUCGAAGACCAUUUCCUGUCCACCAAGGAAUCGCGCAUGGUGCUGGCGUUCUACGUUUACCCAUUGACCUCAAAGAGCGAUAGCAAGACGGUGGACCUGGUGCAGAAGCUGGCGGGACCGGAUCUGGGGCGUCUGGCGCGCCUGUCGCAAAUCUACUUCAAUUGGUCGAAGGAGGCCAUCCUGGGCAAGUUCCGCACGAUCCUCGGACCGGGAGUGGUGGUGCGACGACUGCGGCAGGAGGUGCUCGAGCACAACGGAGGGGCGGACGAGGGACCCUGGGGUGCACUCGUCGAAAGUCCGGCGAGCAAAAGUGUCCGACGGCAUAUGCUCGGGCUUGAUGCCGGUACGACGUCCAACACCACCGCCGCUUCCGUGGGUCCAAAAAAGCAGCGACCCUUGCACGAGAGUCCGAACGCAACACGCAUCACCGACUUCUUUGCAAAGACCGCCCUUGCCUCUGCGCCUGCCGACCCAGUCUUCGAGCCGUCAGGCAGUCACACCUCCCAAAUGCGCUCGGUCGACAUUCUGGCCAUCAAGAUGCAGCGACGGCACGCGGCGCUCGACCCCUUCCUUGACUUUCGCGUCCUCAUGUCGAUGGAGGAGCACGCGCGCGCGGCGGAAGCGGGGAUAGACCCGCGGCUUGAUGCAGAGCUCGCAGCCAGCCGAGCACUCCACGACGGCUCGUAUACGGACACCCCCGACAUUGAUGAGGAGGAGAAUUUUCGGCGCAAACCAGGCACAGCAAAGCCGUCGCCGGACGCACCCCUCUUGAUGUGGAUCCCCGAACCGCUUCUUCGGCUGAGCUAUAGCGGCGCUUCGCUGCUGACCGCGUUCUUGCAGGAGGUCGAGCGUAAAGCUGCUGCAUCGAAAGCCAAGAAAGCACCAAAGUCCAAGAGCGGGCAGAUGACGUUGACCUCGUUCGUCAGGCCAACCAAGCCAUCGUUGGCACAAAAGCUCACGAUGGGCAAAAGCUUCGCCGCCGCUGCUCCUGUUUCAAGCUUCGCUGCUCCUGCUCCUGCUCCGAGCUUCACCGCUGCUGCUGCUGCUCCAUCGGAUACAGUGGGAAGCAGCGCAUCACGCACACCGCGUCAGCUGCUCGUCCCAACCGGCCUGCAGAAGCGAGGCAUGCGACGAACGGAAUCUGUCCCCGUCGCAACGGGCGGCUUGGGCACACGCAAAGGGCUCGAUCGUCACAUCUCCCUUCCGACAACUGCAGACCCAGAAGUGGACGAGAUGGAUUCGAGCAUUGAGUUCCUCGGCUCCUUUGUGUCGUCCGUCCGCGCGUCGGCGGGCGACGUGCACGAACGGUCCUCCACCCCACCCCCCACGUCGGACAGCGACGCCGCAUCGGGUCGACACACCAAAUCACCGAAAAAGCUGCGUGCUUCACCUACACGCAGGAAGACGUCUAGUCAAAGAGCCCUUGCCGAGCCCGAUUCGGAUGACGAGCGUGAGACGGCGAUGAACGCGCCGAAAUUCGGCGCAUCCCUGGCCAGGUCCGUGGGUCCGAGCAGACCGCGCACCUCAGCUAUCACCAUCAGCGACUCUUCCGACGACGAACCUUGA